AUACACAGCUACUUCACCAGCCCCAGGAAAGGCCAUGAAAGGCACAAAAAGGAGCAGAAGGAGGUUGGAGAGAUGGGGUCGGGGGGAGGGGGACAAUGACAUUGGCUAUGGAGGAAUGGACUUAGUAGAAGUGAGAAAGGAAGGUAGCGGGGCACUAUCUCAUCUUUUCUCAAUUCUCUUUCCCCUUUCAAGUACUACAAUAUUAUUUUUAGUUCAGUAUAUUCAACGUCUGAAAGAACACCUCUGUUUCAGAAGUUCUUUGGAUGUUACAUUAUGCAGACAUUGAAAUUGUUGGAGGCUGGAGUUUACGAACUUUUGUCCUGAUGACCUAAUGAUGACAGUAAUACUAUUACUGGUGCUCCUGGGAACCCAGCCAAAGUCUGGUAAAGAAGAUCUAGGCUGAUGGAAAGAGCUUUUUCUUUCCAUUUAUGGAAAUAUGCAGUUUGUUUGGGGAAGGGAAUACUGGACAGAGAUGGGAGGAGCACAGCAAGAAGGAAAUAGCUGGAAAGAGUUCUUUGCUUCACAACAAAUCAUGCAUAUCUGGCCCACUCCCAAUGCUGUUGACUCACGGCAACCCACUUUGCUUUACAAAGAAGCACCUAGUGCCAGGAAGGCUUUAGUUUACCUUCAUAUUCAAGCUGUUUCCUCCACUUAAUUUUCCAGAUUGCUCCCAUUCUCUGCAAUUUUUACUUGGAGGAUAAACAGAAUUUCCAUUUUGUUAAUUUUAUUGACUAAAUCAGUUUUAAAAUGCAUCCCCUGUAUUAUUCUUAUGAGAACUAAGAGUUAUGUCAGAAAUUUAAUUCAUGUUGUUACAAGCUUUUGCAGCCAGCUAUAUUAUUUUGUAGAAUAGUUUUGUUUUAAUUUUAAAAAUCCUAACUGAAAAACUACAACUCCCAAUGCCAUACAUACGUAACUGGUAUUUCUAACUGCAAUCCCUAAUCCAAACCUCUCCCACUGAGGAUGAAAGACAUGUUGGAAGAGCUCCUGUUUCUUUAAAAGGAAAAUUGGGGGCAGACUCAUCAAAAAUUUCAGACAUGUGGAUUUACCUGGCUGCUCUGCUAGGGCUUUAUUUCCUUCGCCGAUGGUACCGGGAGAGACAGACUAUGGAGAAACUUACAGAGAAAUAUGUUUUCAUCACUGGCUGCGACUGUGGUUUUGGCCAUCAACUUGCUAGACAGUUAGAUGCCCGAGGGCUCCAGGUGUUGGCAGCUUGUCUCACACAUAAAGGAGCAGAAGAGCUGGCAAAGAUCUCCUCAGAGCGUCUCAAAACCACCGUUUUGGAUGUCACUAGUACCGAGAGUGUGAAAGCGGCAAUGAAGUGGGUGGAAGGAUGUGUUGGGAACAAAGGACUGUGGGGCUUGGUAAACAACGCAGGUAUAGCGCAUCCAUCAGGUCCCAUCGAAUGGCUGACAAAGGAUGAUUUUGCAAAGCUGAUAAAUGUUAAUCUGCUUGGUACAAUUGAUGUAACGCUGCACAUGCUGCCCCUCAUGAGAAAAGCCAGGGGGAGGGUGGUCAACAUGUCUAGUAUAAAUGGAAGAUUGGCAGGCUCUGGAAGCUACUCAAUAACCAAGUUUGGUGUGGAAGCCUUCUCUGACAGCCUAAGGAGAGAGCUCAGUCCCUUUGGAAUUAAAGUUAGCAUAAUUGAGCCCAGUGCUUUUACUACCAGCAUUUUGAACAACGUGGAAGUGAACUUCAGGAAAACAUGGGACCGAGCACCUUCUGACAUCAAAGAAGUCUAUGGGCAGCAAUAUCUGGAGAGCUGUUGCACCCUCAUAAACCAAGUUUACGUAAAGAAGGCCAACACCAACCUCUACCUGGUCACUGACUGCAUGGAGCAUGCCCUGACGUCCCAGUAUCCACGCACACGCUACUCUGCAGGCUGGGAUGCUAAGCUCUUCCACAUUCCUCUGUCUUACAUGCCAACCUUUGCGGCAGACUAUGUGAUUACCUGCUUUUCCCCAAAACCAGCACAGGCAGUGUAGGUAAUUUUACAGGAAAGAGUAAUGCAGUGAUCGAAUAAAGUCCACAAGUUGCAUCAAUGGACAUUAUUCCUUUUAUUUGAAUGACAAGCAAUCUCAGCAAAGAGUUGUGUUUUUUUUAAAUCUGUUUUCAUUUUUCCCUUUGAUCUCUGAGCUAAAGGCUCACAUUAGAACCACUGAGGGCCCUUCCACACAGCCAUACAACUCAGAAUAUCAAGGCAGAAAAUACCACAAUAUCUACUUUGAACUGGGUUAUCUGAGUCCACACUGCCAUACAUUCCAGUUCAAAGCAGAAAAUGUGGGAUUUUAUUCAGCUGUGUGGAAGGGGCCAGAGACGUACUUGUUUGGGUGUCAGAUUUUGGCUGCGAUGAUGUCAACUUAAAUCUCUCUCACACCAUGAGUAAUACCCAGUGAACCCAUCUACAAAGAGAUCAAGUGAAAAUAUCUUGGAGACUAAUGAAUCUUCAGGGAAAGAGGGAGCCAACUGAACCAAGCCAUCAGAAAAACAUGAAGUUCAAGAAAAGCUUGGAGAUGAAAUGAUGCUGGCGAGGUUUUCUUCAUCUGAAUAAUCUGUUUUGCUCUCCUCCAGCAACACUUUUUCCUCUCAGAACUCACCAGCUUUUCCUAAACAACCUCUGCGACCAUAGCACAGAGCUUGGUUAUGACAUCUCACAGUGUAAUACAUUACCUGUAAUUCUUUUUCCAUGGAAAUAAGGAUUGUCAAGCACCAUUAUCCUCAAUGAUCAAUGCAAGUAGGUCCCACACAUUCCCCAACCAGCUGCAGUGAUGACAAGAAUCUUUGCUUAACAGAGAAGUUGGUGAACCUUGUAUUUUGUGCUUUUGUGAGACAGAAAUCAAAUUUGGGGGGGGGGGGCUCCAAAAGACAUGUAUACAAAAAUUACUGAGUCAAGCAAAGUUCUGCCCUCCUUCCUCUCAUUGGCCCAAACAAUGGGCAGAGCAUGGUUUGUAACUCCUUUCUACCUGAAAUGCCCACAUGCCCAUAUAUAGAAAGCCGCAAAUGAGGAAACCAAGCAAAGCCAUUCCCUCCUGACCUGACAAGUCAGAGAGAGACAAAUGUAGAUAUCACAUUGGACAGUAAAAUCAUGAGAUGAUGCUAGCUGAUAGAGAUGAAAUGAUUUAUAAAACUAUCAUUCUGAAAGACACCAUUUGUUCUAUUCAACUAGGCUAGGUACCUCACAUGCAUGUGAGUUCUUAUUUUCUUUCUUCUCGUUACUUUGAAUAAAUUUUGUCUCUUGGUCCAAGUAA